AUGACCCGUAUUUCACUCCUUUUCACGAUCUUGUUGGUGGUAGGUUAUGCAUCUGCCUUUCAACCAAUCAGCAGACUGACUCCUCUGGCAUCAUCAUCAUCGUCAACUCGUCUAUUGGCGGCCGAAUUGGUGGACCAUGCAGUCGUCGAAGAAUCCGCUUCGUUUCUGUCCAACAUUCCCAUUCUCGAUGCGGUCCUCCAUGAACCCGUCGUUUGGUCGUCCCUGUGCAUGCUCUCCAUUGUCAGUCUCCUACUGACAUGGGAAGAGUCUGUGAAAAACAUUCGCAAGGGACUGCCGGAACCACUCAUGCCGGUACUGGAUUCCAUGUUGGCCGAAGUGGGAGGACUCGGUUUUAUCGGACUCUUUUUAAGUACAUUUGUCACGGGAGGACUCCUCGGAGGAAUGGUGGAAAAUCUCAGUGAAUCCUUUUUGGGAAAUGAAGAAAUUCUGCUAGAGACAUUUGAGUUUUUGCACACGGCAUUUUUUCAAAUUGGAGUGGGAUUCUUUGUCGUGGCUGGAUUGACAGUCGCCGAUGUUCUAUGGGAAAUCAACAAACUCAGUGACAUUACCAAUCUUUCCACGCUCGAUACAGACGGCGAUGGAGAAGUCUCACUCAGUGAAUUGGCCGAUGCACUCGGCUGUGGUGCCGUUGUUUUGGACGAAAAUGGCGAUGGACAACUCGAUGAGGAUGAAUGUACCAAUGCACUGCGCCAAUUCCCAACCCCCAAUGUCUGGGAACGCCUCUGGGGCAGCACACAGCAAGAUGUCAGUGCCGAAGCAUUGGUCAUUCGAGAACAAAUGAUUCGAAAGUUCGAUCUACCAGCCGAUUUUGAAGUCGAAACCUACAUUGGAAAAGUCUUUGGACACAAUUUGGAUGAAAUUGUGGAACUGUCACCCGUCACGUGGUUGCCACUCAUUCCACUCUUUGCACUCGCCAACUCGAUUGAUCUCAGUCAUGAUGUCGUCUCGGCGGCAUCCAGCAAUGGAUUUGUCACGGCGGGUGAAUUCAUUACCAAUCCAUGGGUCGUGUACUCCCGCAUUGUCCUGCAAAUCAUGACGUUGGUAUGGAGUCUAUUCAACUAUUGGAAAUUAACCAGUAUCAAAAACAUGCUCGUGGCAACAUUGGUACGAGCGGGAGGACCCACGGGGCCUGCUAUACUGUUGCGACCACGAUUCUACGACGAUGAACUGCGGGCACAAUUCAAUUCCAGUCCGGGGUGGGCGGCACCCAUUGAACGGGCAUUGACGAAAGGACGACCGGCCCGCAAUAUACAAGAAGAACUAUUUGGUGCCGCGGGGGCGGAUGGACCCGCCCUCUAUCGCAACUCCAUCAAGUUUCAUACGUGGUUGUGUGUGGCGCAGAUUGUAUUCAUGACCUCGGAGAUUGUCUUGCGGGAUGUCAAUGCACUCUUGGCGGAAUCCACCGUCAUGGCACAUCCCGAAGCGGUCUUUCCCGAAGAAAUUUUCUUUGGAUUCUUUGUCGCUGUCUCUAUUGGACAAUUGGCAUUGGCGCCACGCACAUUUCUCUCCUACAGUGCUUGCACAUCCAUUGAACUCAUGACCAAGGAAUGGGCAUUGAAGGCUGCACUCGAAGAAUCGAAAAUUGAAGAGUGGAAAGAAGAGCAAGGAGACGAUGAUGAAGCUUUUGGAUUGGUAGGAUACCGCAAGAGUUUGCAAGAAGGAGUGACCAAUCUAGCGACAUACGAUGGGCCAAUCUUGAUGCCGCCCGCCAACAAUGAUGGGUCAUCCGCCGCUAAUGGAAAUCCUGCCGCAACAGAAAAGGAGACCACCAACGCACAGCUGUAG